UGCUUUCCCCAGAUAUUUGGCCCAGAUAGAAAAAACAAAAUAUAAAUUAAUGCCAAGAGCUUGCAACAACCAUCCACCAUGAGUUUAACGACGAAUGCUCUGCUCAAGUGGGUAGCCACUGUCACCGCCAGCCUCCUGGUGACCAUGCAUGGCGCCGACAUGAUCAAGACAGUGAACGAGGAGUCUGCCGAGAGACACGCCUCCCAGCAAGCGGAAUCGGCCGUCGAGCCGACCCAGCCCUAUCUGAUGGGCUCGGCUAAGGUUAGCGCAGCCCUCCAGAACAUUCUGAGCAGCGACGUUAAUGCUGCAGAGCGUUCUGUCUAUAUCCGGGCAAUGCACAAUAAGAGCAAGCAGAACUAUGAGCUCGGAUCGGAAGCACUGAAUCGCACCCUGGAGGAGAUUAUGAUGCCCAAGGAGGAGGAAAAGGAGUCGCGCACAUUCGAGCCUGCAGUGAAGAUUUGAGGCUGCACCAAUGGCUUUACCGGAAGAGUUUUCGUUGAAUCUGAACUGUUGAAAAGAAAAACUAUAAUAAUAUAAUGCAAGCUUAACUUCUGGUCAUUGAUUAUUGCAGGCAACACACGAUCCUCUAUAAGAGAUGAUCAAACUUAAGUUUUCAAUAUAUAUUCUGUUGUUAGCAACGAUUCAUUGGGCUCUGAGUUAGCUCAUCGAUUCCUAAAUUCGCUGUGCUUUAUAAACAUGGCCUUCAAUUUGCGAUUAAAGCUAAGCACUAUUUUAUAUUUUCCCUAACAAAUUAACUUAAAUAAACUUAAAUCUGUUUAGAAUCUAA